GUUUUUUAUUUCCCCCCCUGGUUUUUAUCUCGUGCUCACAUAACAACAGCCUCGGCCCCUGGGAGCUGCAAAGUUGGAAUUUUAAGAGCCUCUCGCCCCAACCUGAGAAAUUCUCUGGUGUUGGUGGAAUGAGCGUAGCGUGCGUUUUGAAGAGAAAAGCAGUUCUGUGGCAGGACUCGUUCAGCCCCCACCUGAAGCAGCACGCUCAAGACACAGCCAGCCCCACCAUGCCUGUGGUACUGACAUCUGGCACAGGCUCGCAGGCUCAGCCCCAGCCAGCUGCAAACCAGGCCCUUGCAGCAGGGACACACUCCAGCCCCGUGCCAGGAUCCAUAGGAGUGGCAGGGCGCUCCCAGGACGACGCCAUGGUGGAUUAUUUCUUCCAGAGGCAGCACGGGGAGCAGCUCGGGGGAGGAGGCAGCGGCGGCGGCGGCUACAACAACAGCAAACACCGCUGGCCCACCGGGGACAACAUCCACGCAGAGCAUCAGGUGCGUUCCAUGGACGAGCUGAAUCACGAUUUCCAGGCGCUGGCUCUGGAGGGACGGGCUAUGGGAGAGCAGCUGUUGCCGGGUAAAAAGUUUUGGGAAUCUGAUGAUUCCAGCAAAGAUGGACCAAAAGGGAUAUUUCUGGGAGAUCAGUGGAGAGACAGUGCUUGGGGAACAUCAGAUCACUCUGUUUCCCAGCCCAUCAUGGUUCAGAGAAGACCUGGGCAGGGUUUCCACGUGAACAGCGAGGUGAACUCGGUGCUGUCGCCGCGCUCCGAGAGCGGAGGGCUGGGGGUGAGCAUGGUGGAGUACGUGCUGAGCUCAUCUCCUGGAGACUCCUGCCUAAGGAAAGGAGGAUUUGGGCCAAGGGAUGCAGAGAGUGACGAGAAUGACAAAGGGGACAAGAAGAGCAAGGGCACGUUUGAUGGAGAUAAACUGGGAGAUCUGAAGGAGGAGGGGGAUGUGAUGGAUAAAUCCAAUGGUUUGCCUGUCCAGAACGGGAUCGACGCCGACGUCAAAGACUUCAGCCGCACGCCCGGGAACUGCCAGAACUCGGCCAGCGAGGUGGAUCUGCUGGGCCCCAACCAGAACGGCUCCGAGGGGCUGGCCCAGCUGGCCAGCACCAACGGGGCCAAGCCCGUGGAGGAUUUCUCCAACAUGGAAUCCCAGAGCGUGCCCCUGGACCCCAUGGAGCACGUGGGCAUGGAGCCGCUGCAGUUCGAUUACUCCGGCACUCAGGUCCCCGUGGACUCGGCUGCUGCCACCGUGGGGCUCUUUGACUACAAUUCCCAGCAGCAGCUGUUCCAGAGGCCCAGUGCCCUGGCUGUGCAGCAGCUCACCGCAGCCCAGCAGCAGCAGUACGCCCUGGCCGCUGCCCACCAGCCACACAUAGGUUUAGCUCCCGCUGCCUUCGUCCCCAACCCCUACAUCAUCAGCGCGGCGCCUCCGGGGACCGAUCCCUACGCGGCCGGGCUGGCGGCAGCUGCCACGCUAGGCCCGGCUGUGGUGCCUCACCAGUACUAUGGAGUCACUCCCUGGGGAGUUUAUCCCGCCAGCCUCUUCCAGCAGCAAGCGGCCGCCGCCGCCGCCGCCACCAACUCUGCCAACCAGCAAACCACGCAGCAAACCCAGCAGGGCCAGCAGCAGGUGCUCCGUGGAGGAGCCAGCCAGCGUCCCCUGACUCCCAACCAGAACCAGCAGGGCCAGCAGACGGAUCCUCUGGUGGCUGCCGCCGCCGUCAACUCCGCGCUCGCCUUCGGCCAGGGGCUGGCAGCAGGAAUGCCAGGUUACCCAGUGCUGGCUCCUGCUGCUUACUACGACCAAACCGGAGCCCUCGUGGUCAAUGCUGGGGCCAGGAACGGCCUGGGGGCUCCUGUGCGCCUGGUGGCCCCUGCCCCUGUCAUCAUCAGCUCCUCUGCAGCCCAGGCAGGUGAGUCCUGGCACCAGGCAGGUCCCAUUCCCCGUUCCCACCGUGUCCCGUUCCCUGUCCCAUUCCCCGUUCCCACCGUGUCCCGUUCCCUGUCCCGUGUCCCAUUCCCUGUCUCGUGUCCCGUUCCCUGUCUCGUGUCCCAUUCCCUGUCCCAUUCCCCGUUCCCUGUCCCAUUCCCCGUUCCCACCGUGUCCCAUUCCCCGUUCCCUGUCCCACUCCCCGUUCCCACCGUGUCCCGUUCCGUCUCAGGGGGGCUGACGAACGGCAGUGGCCGUUACAUCUCGGCGGCGCCGGGCGCGGAGGCCAAGUACCGCAGCGCGAGCAGCGCGUCGAGCCUGUUCAGCCCCAGCAGCACGCUGUUCCCGUCGUCGCGCCUGCGCUACGGCAUGUCGGACGUCAUGCCCUCGGGCCGCAGCCGCCUGCUCGAGGACUUCCGCAACAACCGCUACCCCAACCUGCAGCUGCGCGAGAUCGCCGGCCACAUCAUGGAGUUCUCGCAGGACCAGCACGGAUCCAGGUUUAUUCAGCUGAAACUGGAGCGUGCCACCCCGGCAGAGCGUCAGCUGGUGUUCAACGAGAUCCUGCAGGCAGCCUAUCAGCUCAUGGUGGAUGUCUUCGGCAAUUAUGUCAUCCAGAAGUUCUUUGAGUUUGGCAGCCUGGAGCAGAAGCUGGCACUGGCAGAGCGCAUCCGUGGCCACGUGCUGUCCCUGGCGCUGCAGAUGUACGGCUGCAGGGUGAUCCAGAAGGCCCUGGAGUUCAUCCCCCCAGACCAGCAGAACGAGAUGGUUCGGGAGCUGGACGGGCACGUGCUCAAGUGCGUCAAGGACCAGAACGGGAACCACGUGGUGCAGAAGUGCAUCGAGUGUGUGCAGCCUCAGUCCCUGCAGUUCAUCAUCGAUGCCUUCAAGGGCCAGGUGUUCGCGCUGUCCACGCACCCCUACGGCUGCAGGGUGAUCCAGAGGAUCCUGGAGCACUGCCUGCCCGAGCAGACCCUGCCCAUCCUGGAGGAGCUCCACCAGCACACGGAGCAGCUGGUGCAGGAUCAGUAUGGGAAUUACGUUAUCCAGCACGUCCUGGAGCACGGCCGGCCCGAGGACAAGAGCAAGAUCGUAGCAGAGAUCAGAGGCAACGUGCUCGUGUUGAGUCAACAUAAAUUUGCCAGUGCUCUCCUGCACAAUCCUGGUGGGACUGGGGACCCUCAGCGGGAUGGGUGUCCCUUGGGUGUCCCUUGGGUGUCCCUUGGGUGUCUGUGUGUCCCAGGGCUGGGUGGGGUGGCUGUAUCCACUCUGAAUCCCGGUUUUUUUCCCGCUUUUCCCCGGCAGAUCCGGCCCCACAUCGCCACCCUGCGCAAAUACACCUACGGGAAGCACAUCCUGGCCAAGCUGGAGAAAUACUACAUGAAGAACGGGGUGGACCUGGGGCCCAUCUGCGGCCCCCCCAACGGCAUCAUCUGAGCCCAGCCCGCCUCCAGAGGCACUCCAGGAUCCCAGAACCCAGCCCAAGAAUCCAUCCCAGAAUCUAUCCCAGGAACCCAGCCCAGGAACCCAGCCCAGGAAUCCACCCCUGGAAUCCAUCCCAGGAUCUAUCCCAGGAACCCAGCCCAGGAUCCAUCCCAAAACCCAUCCCAAAACCCAUCCCAAAAUCCAUCCCAAGAAUCCAUCCCAGGAAUCCAUCCCAGGAAUCCAUCCCAGAAUCCAUCCCAAAAUCCAUCCCAAAAUCCAUCCCAAAAUCCAUCCCAGGAAUCCAUCCCUGGAAUCCAUCCCUGGAAUCCACCCCAGGAAUCCAUCCCAGAACCCAGCCCAGGAACCCAGCCCAAAAUCCAUCCCAAAAUCCAUCCCUGGAAUCCACCCCAGGAAUCCUUCCCUGGAAUCCACCCCAGGAAUCCAUCCCAAAAUCCAUCCCAGGAUCCAUCCCUGGAACCCAUCCCAAAAUCCAUCCCAAAAUCCAUCCCUGGAAUCCUUCCCAGGAAUCCACCCCUGGAACCCAUCCCAAAAUCCAUCCCAGGAUCCACCCACACCUCCCGCCACGGUUGCUUAAAAAAACCCAACAAAACCACAAACAAACAAAACCCACAAAAAAAAAAAAAAGAGAAA